UUGCAUGUGUUUUAGUACACCUAUCCCACACGGCGUCCAUUUGUCCAAUCAUAUCCCCUCAAACACGGCCUUCUGUCUCAACUACCAAAACCAAAAACAUGGUAAAACUCUAAAUUCUAAAGCAUCUGUAUCUUCCAAACUAACAGAGCCUGACAGCCAGGGACAAGUCUUCUUUACUUUCAAAAGAAGAAAAUCCAAAUCUCCGAGGCCAAGAAGAACUCAGUAAAGCGAGUGAGAGGAGAAACAGAGAAAGAAAAAUGAAGGCAGAGACUUUGACUCUGGUCCUGGUUAACCUAGCCGGGAUCAUGGAGAGAGCAGAUGAGUCAUUGUUACCAGGCGUUUACAAGGAAGUUGGUGCGGCCCUUCACACCGACCCGACUGGACUUGGUUCUCUUACCUUGUUCAGGUCUAUUGUACAAUCCUCUUGUUAUCCAAUUGCUGCAUACCUGGCUGUGCGCCACAAUCGAGCUCAUGUGAUAGCUCUUGGUGCUUUUUUAUGGGCUGCUGCCACCUUUCUUGUUGCCUUCUCCUCCACUUUCUUCCAGGUGGCAAUCUCUAGAGCUUUAAAUGGAAUUGGCCUUGCCAUAGUUGGACCUGCAAUUCAGUCCCUUGUUGCUGACUCUACAGAUGACAGUAACCGUGGUAUGGCUUUUGGGUGGUUACAACUCACAAGCAAUCUUGGUUCAGUUAUUGGUGGAUUCCUUGCAGUACUAAUAGCUCCGAUAACAUUCAUUGGUAUCCCUGGUUGGAGAAUUGCCUUCCAUCUGGUCGGACUAAUCAGCAUUAUAGUUGGUAUUUUAGUCUACCUUUUUGCCAAUGAUCCACACUUUUCAGAUAGUGGUAAAAAAUCUAGCAAUGAAAUUUCAAAUAGAUCCUUAUCGUCUGAAGUGAAGGACCUAGUUCAGGAAGCCAAAACAGUUAUAAAGAUUCCAUCAUUUCAAAUUAUUGUGGCUCAGGGUGUUACUGGUUCAUUCCCUUGGUCUGCAUUGUCAUUUGCACCAAUGUGGCUGGAGUUAAUUGGAUUCUCCCACGAGAAAACUGCAUUCCUGAUAGCCAUGUUUGUCAUUGCUACUUCUGUGGGGGGCCUAUUUGGGGGUAGGAUGGGGGAUUUCCUUUCCACGCGUCUGCCGAAUUCUGGUAGGAUCAUUCUAGCUCAGAUAAGCUCAGCAUCAGCCAUUCCUCUGGCAGCAAUACUCUUGCUUGUUUUACCUGAUGAUCCAUCCACAGGGGUGAUCCAUGGUUUGGUUUUAAUCAUUUUAGGUUUCUGCAUUUCCUGGAAUGCUCCAGCUACAAACAAUCCCAUAUUUGCAGAGAUAGUUCCAGAGAAAUCUCGAACAAGUGUCUAUGCUUUGGACCGAUCUUUUGAAUCCAUCUUGUCAUCAUUUGCUCCCCCGUUAGUUGGGAUACUGGCUCAGCACGUUUACGGUUACAAACCUAUAUUGAAAGGAUCUAGUGAAUCUGAAAAGAUUGCAACAGAUAGAGAGAAUGCUGCAUCGUUGGCAAAAGCACUUUAUACAGCAGUAGGAAUUCCAAUGGCUCUCUGUUGUUUCAUCUAUUCUUUCCUCUACUGUAACUACCCAAGAGAUAGAGAUCGAGCUCAGAUGGAAGCACUAAUAGAAACAGAGAUGCGAGAGCUAUUGUCAGAUACCAUGCCUGAAGGUGGAGAACAUUCUCAAGCUCAACAAUCUGAACUAGACGAACCAUGUGUCAAGGAAAGAAGCGUUAUUGAAUUGGAUUAUGAAGUUGAGGAUGACUUUGAUCCUGAUGAAAAUGAUGAGAAGACUUACCUGUACAGCCAAUUGAGAUUCUCUAAUUCAGGUGUAUAACGCUUAAGUUACACAAUGAGGAGAUAUUGCUUUCUUUCAGUUAAAAUUCUGGACAGCUGAAGCCAACUUUGGUAUUGCUGUGAGGCUGCUUUACAUUGAGGGUUUGUCCACUCUUUCAAGGACCAUGGUUGUGUUAUAACCUGCUCUGGACUUCUCAGCCACACAUACUCCUAAAACGGAAACGUAGCAAACAUAGAUAAAUUUAAAAACUCUUGAGGUCAGUUAAUGGCUGCGGCCAGAAACAUUCAUGUUUGAUGUGACAACAUCCGAACAGCUAAAUUUGAUCACAUCCGGACGAGCAUCAAUGAAAAGUUAUACUAAAAAUUUUUUCCUUGCCAUUUUUAUUGCAUGUCAUGAAUGUUACAAGCCUCUUUCAAACUAAUAAUCGUCCCUAUAAACGAA